GCUGGUCUUGCAAAUAUUGACAAGGAGAAAGUGAAUGCGAUCAUUUAUGAGGCAUCCAAAGGAUCUGCAUAUUUUGAAAAUGAGCGUAGAAAAGACAAAACUGUGACGAAGCGUAUCGAGACCAUGUUAAUAGAAGCAAGCAAAGUACGAGAAAUGGAUCUCUCGAUGGAAACACGUAUAGUUGAUGGAAUGAUAAGAGAAUUUGAAGAAAGCAGGGACUUGUCUCAAACCAUAUGCCAUGUGGAUAUGGAUGCUUUUUAUGCCUCAGUAGAAGAGCUCGAUGCUCCUGAGUGGAAGAACAAACCAAUGGCAGUUGGAUCUAAUGCCAUGUUGUCUACAAGCAACUAUAUAGCUAGAACUUUUGGUGUUCGUAGUGCAAUGCCAGGGUUUAUUGCUCUAAAGCUUUGUCCUGAUCUAUGCAUCCUUCCCCACAAUUUCAAAAAGUAUCAGGCUGCUUCUGACAAAGUGCGUGCUGUGUUUGCUAAAUAUGAUCCUGACUUUUCUCCGAUGAGCUUGGAUGAGGCAAGCAUUAUCUUUCUUCUUUUCGGUUAUAUUACUAAGAAUAUUAUGUAUAAACAGCGUUUGGAAACAAAUUCAAUGACUGCAUCAGAAUUAGUGCAGACAAUCCGAGAAGAGAUAUUUCAGUCAACUCAGUUGACAGCUAGUGCCGGUAUUGGACCCAACAAAUUGCUUGCCAAGAUCUGUAGUGAUUUUCAAAAGCCAAAUGGUCAAUUCGAAGUUUCUAACGAUCGAGAAGCUGUACAAAAGUUUAUGGCUGCUUUACCGAUCCGAAAGAUUUUUGGUGUUGGAAGAGUAACAGAGCGCGUAUUGGAUUCUUUGGGGGUCAAGAUGUGUAGCGACAUUUAUGCUCAUCGCGCCCUUUUAUACAAGCUAUUAAGUCCUAUAAGUUUCAAGUUUAUGCUACGGUCAUAUCUUGGUCUUGGAUCUACAGUCGUAAAAGCGGAAACUACCCGGAAGAGUAUCAGCGUAGAGAGAACUUUUGACGCAUUAUCUGCUGUUGGUGAUCUCAUUCUCAAAGUUGAAGAACUAGCAGUGCUUUUAGCUAAGGACCUUGCUGAUGCUGGUAUCAAGGGAAAAACGAUUGGUAUCAAACUCAAACUGUCCUCAUUUGAGCUACGUGUAAGGUCCAAAACAAUGCCUUUUUAUAUUUCGAGUGCUGAAGAUAUUGCACGAAUAGCGGGAGAGGUAGGCUUAUGCUAG